UAUAGCACGCGCUUGCUUGAUACCUUGGCCAGCAUUGAUUAUAUUUCCCAUUUCUAUUUAAUGGAAAAAACGUAUGUCAAGCCCAUGGCACUCUGACAGAUAUCAAUCCGCUCUUCUCUUCAUGUACAUUGGAAACUGUUAAUUUCAAUAAUUAAACAAAACCUCGUAGUGCUUUAGUGAUUAGUUUAUCUUUUCGCGCGUGUAGAUAGUGAGAUUUUCCAAUAGAUGUAUAUUCUUCAUGGGUUUCUAUGAUGGAAAACAUAAAGAGAAUGAUAAUGCAAGUCCAAGAAGAAUCAUCAAAGGAACUUAUAACAAGAAGGCAUCAUAAAGAUUUAUAGAAAUUCUACGGGGAUUAGCGAAUAAGAUGAGAUUGGGGCAUAAGUAAUAACGGUGGUGAUUUAAAAACCUUCAAAAUGGGAAACUCUUGCAGUAGUGGACAAGCUCAUAAGGAUAAAGACAACAUGUCACAAAGAUCCGAGGAGUCUGGCAGCUAUCAAGUGCGAGCAUCAGUUCCAAUCACACCACAGAAAAUAACGAUGAACCAUGUGGGCAGCAAGAAUUCGGUGCUCCUCCAACCAGCCACCGCUGGACAGAAUCCACUCCAGCAAGCCUCAACACAGACAUCGCCCGUCAACACAGGAAGGAAACCAAGUCUAGCCAAGGCGCUAAAAGGUGUGCCAGGGUCGAGCAUUUCGGAUUCGAUGUCUUUGAGUUCACCCCCAGCGACGGUGAGCCCAAGAGGUUUUGAUAAAAUGCAGGGGUCCAUACCGCAAGAAGUUGCCAGCUUAACCGAGAACCUUCAGAACCUUAUAAUGGGUAGAGUCAAUCAAACCAAGGUAGCAACAAGAACGAGGAAAAUUGUUAUAUACGUGGGAGCAGCUGAUUCUCAAGAUUGCUGCGUCGAAAAAGGGACUCUACAUAACCAAAUAUAUCCAGAACUCAGAAAACUUUGUAGGGAGAGAGGAUACGAACUCCACAUAGUCGAUUUACAUUGGAAAACUCUUCUAGAAAAACAACAGGACCACGAAUUUCCAGAACUUUGCAUAGGAGAGCUUACCAGGCAAAUGGAGGUAGCAUACAUAAUACCAGUGUUAUUUCUCAAUAAUUCUUUAGGAACGCCAUUGUUGCCAAAUACUAUAGAGAGUACUGAUUUCAAGAUGGCAAUGGAUAGUGCGACAAGUCAAUCAGCCCAAAAUAUCUUAUCCAAAUGGUACCAAUUAGAUAGUGAUUCCCAACCUCCAUGCUAUAGAUUGCAGCCCAUAAGUAGUCAUAUUCCUGGAUUUAAGGAAACAUCAGUAGAAGAUAGGGAAAAGGCUUUUGAAGAAUGGAGCUCCGAAAUCGAUAAAAUUUUAACAAUUCUUAUUAAUGUAUUUUCUCAAGAAUUAAGGGAUACUUACCUGACAACCGUAGUGGAACAGGAAGUACACAACACCGUAUUCAUGAGCCAAGAAAUGGCCAAAAGAUGUAUUUGGAUGAAUAGAGUAUACAUUCCCACAGUAAAAACUCCAGAAAAUAUGAGCCCAGUGGAAGCAGAACUACAAAGGAGACUGAAUAUAUUGCAAAAGGAUUUGAGGGAUCAACUUGCUGAAAAACACAUAGUUCGCAUAUCCGUGAAAUACGUAGAUGGGGGUUUAAAUGUUGAAAUUCCAGAACACUUAAAUUAUGUUGAACAGGUUGCUGCACAUUUGAAGAAACAUUUGAUAGAGAUGAUCAAUGGCAUAAUAGAAGAACAUCAGGCAAAAGCUGUGCUUAAACCUAGUUAUGGUAUAGAAGCACCAAUAUUUGAAGAGCUUAACCAACAGACUGGAUUCUGCCAAAAAGCAGCUCAAUGUAGUGUAAACAGGGAGAAGACCAUAAAUGAAAUGAAAGAAUAUAUCAUUAAUCCUACCAGUUCUCCAUUGGUAUUAUUUGGACCAGAGGGUUGUGGCAAAACCACACUCCUAGCCAGAGUAGCUCAAUGUUGUUCCCAAUGGAUACCAGAAGCCUUCCUCAUCUUGAGAUUCAUUGGUAUCAGUGCACAAUCUAGUACAAUCGAACAAUUAUUGAGUUCUAUAACCAACCAGUGUUCAAUUUUAACAUAUGGACAUAAGUGUUACUCCACCCAUAAUUUGGAGACGUAUAAAAGAGUCUUACCUUCGCUUCUUGGUGCCAGCUGUCUUCAAAGACCGCUUAUCAUUCUUAUAGAUGGUCUGGAUCAAGUUAGAACUUAUAGCUCAAAAACAAUAGAUUGGUUGCCGGAGAAAUUACCAGAAAAUAUCAAACUUAUACUAUCCGUAUCAGAGAGGAGUCCGAUGUAUUCUGACCUGAAAAAGAAGUUACCUGAAGGAAAAUUCAUCAAAAUGCCACUGUUGGGAGAGCAAGAAGCAAAAGGUAUUCUCAUGUCCAGUGUCAUGCAGUAUAAUCAUAGCGUCAAUUCUAAGAUACAAGAUUGCGUUCUAAAAUCAGUGCAGGAAUGCACAUUGCCCAUGUAUUCCAAGGUUUUAGCUUGGCAAACUUCUUGGUGGGCAGACAGAGAACACGAUAUAGUGCCAAAAGGUCAUGUAGAUGAUCAAUUGAAAUUGAUGUUGGAAGAAUUAGAAACAAUCAUAGGAGCAACUCAAGUAGAGCAUGCUCUUGCCUUAAUAACCUGUUCCAAACAAUGUGUUACAGAUUCUGAAAUGAUAGAUCUCCUCGCUUUCGAUGAGGAAUUCCAAAGCAAUACUACUUAUAUUUCUUGGGCACCAGCAUGUUUGAUAUGGUCUAGACUGAACAAACAUUUAGCUCCAUUUCUCCAAUGGACGUUAAGUGGUGGAAUUUUGGGCAUAAAAUGGAGAGACAAUAUGGUUCGUCGUACUGUUGCUGCUCGAUAUGAAAACUAUUUGAAACGUGGCAAUCAAUCUAUUUAUGAUUAUUACCAGGGCAAAUGGUGGAAGGAUAAACCUAAGAACCUAACAGCAAGACUAAUAUCACAAGAUACAUAUUUAGGAAAAUGUUAUAAUAGAAGAAAACUUGAUGAGUUGCCUUUUCAUCAUUUCCAAAUACACUCAACAAUAGAAAAUUCGGAUUACGUCAAUGAUAUAAGCUGGCUAUAUAGCAAAAUAUGUGGAUCCAACUGCUACCAAGUGCUAGAAGACAUCAAUUUACAAUCAGCCACCACCAAUUCAUUCGUGAAACUGUUUAGAGACUUCAUUGAAAACCAUGCCAGCGUUCUGAACUACGAUGGAAAACAAUUCUAUUCGCACAUGUAUCAAUACCUAGAAGAAAAAAUCAGAAAGACAGAACUGACACUGGAAGGUGCAGAUGAAAGUCUAGUGGAACUUCAUAAUUCAUCCAAGAAUCCGCCUGUUUCAUCAUUGAUUCCUGCCAAUUCUUCUUGUCUGGAUGAUUUGGAGACUUGCAAUGAUUCUGAACCUAGUUUCAAAGAAGUGAUGUUCGAUCUUAUAGUUGUCCUUCCUGAAACCAACCAGUUUGUGGCUACUUUAUCCACAAAUAGUGACAUGAUCUGUGUGUGGGACGUUAAAGAAUGCAAAAGGAUAAGAACUAUCAAAGGUGUUCCUCAUCCAACAAAUUUAAUUCCAAUAGAUAGGCAUAAAUGUGUAGUUUUAUGUAAGAGAGAACUGAUGAUAUUUGAUCUCAAUCAAGGCUGUUUCCUAAAGAAACUGAAAGGUGUUAUGAAUCAAAAAAUGCCUUAUUAUGGACUUCAUGACCAAAACCACCUAGUUGCCCUUAGUCGAAACAGAAUGUAUGUCAAUUUGAUGAAUUUAGAAACAGGUGACUGCGUAACUACUUUCAAAGCUGGUGAGGACCGUUUUUUGAAUUCUUUGCUGGUUUCGGGUGAUGGAAGGAUUCUGGUGUGUGGAGAUGAAACUCAAAAACCUUUUCCUUUAUUAGUUUGGAAUUUACAAUCUAGAAAAUUACUUUACGAUUUUAGGAUACCUUAUCAUGAUUUUAUUACUUCUCUUUCUGCAAUAACCCACGAGGGUAGCUACGUAUGUUGUGUGUGUCAUGAAAUUGAUGAACCAAAUCCGAAUUUCAUAGUUGUUUACGAUUUAUUAAGUGGUACACCAUUCAAAAAGUGGAAACCAUCUUGCAAUACUGUAUCUCUAGAAAUAAGUUCUCCUGGAGGAUGUGUAAUUUCUGGAUUAGAAGAUGCUACCAUACUGAUAUGGGACCUAAUUACAGGAAACUGCCGAUGGUCAUUGUCAGGCCAUACAGCACCUGUUACAAUGUUGAAAUUAGACCCAACAGGCUUCCUCUGCUUAUCAGCUGAUACGGCAUGCAGAGAUAGAUCGAUUAGACUUUGGGACCUCAAUAAAGGUCACUUGAUUGCUGUAUAUACUCCAAAAACCAAAAUCACAUCAAACAGUAUCACUGGAAAUGGCCAACAUAUCGUUUUAGGGUUAGAAAAUUUAAAAGAUCUGCUCUUCCUUCAACUGCGUGGAACUGAGGUAAAACCAAUGGAGGAUGAAUCUUACGGUGAUAGUGAAUACGAUGGAAAAAUCUUCGAAUUGAAAGAAACUGAUAUAUGCUGACCUGUGAAGUGAUAAAUGAAGUUGUAAGAAAUUGGGAUGUAUCUCUGAUGAUCAGAAAUGCGAAACUUUCAGUUUGCUAAAUGUAAUUAUAAAAAGCUAUGCCUCACUUGUUUGUUAACAUUCAGAGACAAUUUGCAAUCGGCGCUGGUAGCAGUUUGACAAAUGCUCUGUUAGAGACAUUUCAAUAUUGAAAGAAUCGAUUCAAUGUGACAAAUAUGAAAAUAAAGGGAAAUAGAUAUUUGAUGGGAACAAUGUAGAAAAUUUUUUCCGAUUAAUAUGAAAACCACAGAACAAGCUUAAAAAAACUUCAACUACAUAAAUGAAAGCAUAAUCGUCUAGAUGACAAUUUUUCUUUCCCAAAGAUAACUACCCAAUGGACAGUACCAUUUCAUUCAAAUUUACUAAUUGUAAGUGAAACCUAUAUUGAUAAAAAGAAUUAUUUUCAUUCAUCACAAAGUACCUUUAGACAGUUAAUUCAUCCUAAUUAUGAAAAAUUCAACAGUUGAUUCCUUGUUGUACCCCCUGACAAUUCAGCCUGCAAGGGGUGAAAGGACCCCAUUUAUUUUGUAUCAAAUAUUAUAUCUUACAAAUUUUUUUAGGUGUUUGUCGGCAUUUUGUGAAAAUCAAUUCACAUUUUGUAUAAGAUAUUAUAAACAAGAAUUCUCUAUAAUUAAUACCGAAAAAAUUGACUCUCAAAAUUAAAAUUAAUGUGAGUAUUGAAAUUUUAAGAGAAAUAAUAUAGGUAUGAAAACAUAAAAGGAAUGCUUCAAUGUUGAGUCUUCGAUACAUAAUAAAUUUCAAUAUGAUAAAUGGAGUAAUACUUAGGACACUUAGGUAUUUCCAGAGUUUCCAUGAUUUCUAUGAAAAUUGAUAAUUUUAAUGAUUUGAAAAAAUCAUCAAUUCUUGAUGUUUUAUCAAUGCAAAUAGCAUUUUUCAUCAGACGAUAAUGAUCUCUGUUUCUUGAAGCUUCUAAUUAAAAUCCUUCUUUCAGGGAUGUGAGUUUUUGAAACGACCAUCUUCUUCAACUAAAAUUAAAUCAACUGAAAAUAUAAUUUUCAGCUUGAAAAGUGCAAAAUUUCAUUCAUAUGACGGUAUAUUAAGUGAAGAUGAAAUAUUAUUUCCUACCCAUAUAUUCAUUGGAAACACAAAUUUUCACAUGUUGGACAACAUUCGAAUCUAAACUUUUUUAUGUGCUGAUAAAUUUAUUUUUUAAUAUUGAAAUAUUUCGAAUUGACAAACAAGGGCAACAAACAUUGAACCAUGUUUCCAAAGUUAUUAUUUUAUAAUUAUCGCUGUUAAUAAAGGUGAAUUCCCAUCUGGUAUGUGGAACAAAAUAAAAUUUCGUUCAAUUAUUAUAUUUGUAUGUUGUGAUUAUUGUGUACCCAAAUAAAUGUGACA